AUGAUUUCGGAUACAGCGGGCGCAGUGAUUACCGGUGAUAAGAAGCGGCCAUACCAGCAGUCGGUGCUCAUGGAAACACGGAACCGACUUCCACACCGUAAUGGCAGAAUCGAUGCUCUGACGAAUUUCGUGUGCUCCACUGUUUGGCCCGGAGACAAUGAAAUUGAGAUAGACCAGAGCCGCGCGCGCAUACAGAAGAGUCAGGGAUUGGCCGGGCGAGUGGCCAUGUCGGCCGGGGAACCCAAGAGAGAGAGGCCCAUGGAGCCCGGGGUUUGCCCCAGAGUCCGAGGUCUCCCUCCCUUUGAUGGCGCAUGCGAUCUCAUCAGCGCGCCUAACCAGUUCACGGAUGCUCAAGCUCCUACGGGUCUCCUGGUCGCGUUUCCAAGAAUCCAGCAUCACCACAUCCAUGAUAGUUUGCAGAACCCAGCUCUCGCAGCCGGUGACCGCCUGGAAGCUGAUGCAAAACUCGUCAUCGGAUAG